AUGGAAGAGCUACAGGCCAGACACCGCAAGGAGCAGCGCGACCUGCAGGCCCGCGUUACGCAGAAGAAGAAGGCCGCCUCCAAGAAGACCCGCAAAGGUGUCAACGACGAAUGCGCGAGACUCGAACAGGAGCUGAAGGAGCGGCAAGAGCGCGAGAUUGCAGAGCUCACCGGUAACGCCGGUGAUGGGAUCGUUGAGCCCGAAGCUGAUGGGUACACGGUUGAAGACGGAGGUGACAAGGACGAUCUUGCAGAUGCCACCGAGAAGCUUUCGAUAUCGUCGAGCCAGCAGCCCACUGCCGCCGCCGCCUCCGCCCCGGACGCGCAACAAUCUGAGGGACCGAAGCGCAAGGGCAACCGGCAAAAGGCUCGCCUGGCUCGUCGUGCCGCUGAGCAGGAGGCAUUGGUCGCCGAGGCCGCUGCAGAGGCGCAAUCAAUGCCCGACCUGCGCAAGGCCGAGCGCACUGCUCUGGUCGAGCAAUUUGAGAAGCGCGGGCUCAAGGAGCAGAUCAUUCGUGCUGAUGGACACUGCUUGUAUAGCGCCAUUGCCGAUGGCAUGACAGAUCAGGGCCUUGAUUUGAAGCCGCGGAUUGCGCCAAACAUCGUUGGACAAGAAAACGGGGAAGCUGAUGGCAAGAAAGAAGGCUACAAGACUGUGAGAAAGGCAGCCGCCGAUUGGAUCGCGUCGCACCCGGAUGACUUCGCCCCAUUCAUGGAAGAGCCGCUUGACUCCUACGUGGUCAAGGUCCGGGAUUCUGGAGAAUGGGGUGGACACAUGGAAUUACUGGCGCUGGCAAGAACUUACGGCGUCAACAUCAAGGUGCUCCACUCCGAUGGGAGGGUCGACACCAUUGAGGCUGGUGCGGAAGGCCAGGCCCCGGUCAAUGGAGAAGAGAAGGAAUUAUGGCUGGCGUACUACAAACACGGCUUCGGCUUGGGAGAGCAUUACAAUUCUCUGAGGAAAGGAGCUUGA